CGGAGGAGUAGGCGCCAGCUCGAAGCUAUGGUUCUGAGGAACAGCGGGCGGCGGCGCGCAGAGCCGGGCUCGGACGGCGAGGCCAGCCGGGACGAUGGCCCCUCUACUUCUGUCUCGGCACUCAAGCGCCUGGAGCGCAGUCAGUGGACAGAUAAGAUGGAUCUGCGGUUUGGUUUUGAAAGACUCAAGGAGCCUGGUGAGAAGACAGGCUGGCUUAUCAACAUGCACCCUACGGAGAUUUUAGAUGAAGAUAAACGCUUAGUUAGUGCAGUGGAUUACUACUUUAUUCAAGAUGAUGGGAGCAGAUUUAAGGUGGCCUUGCCCUAUAAGCCAUAUUUCUACAUUGCAACCAGAAAGGGUUGUGAGCGAGAAGUUUCGUCUUUUCUCUCUAAGAAGUUUCAGGGUAAAAUUGCUAAAGUAGAGACUGUCCCUAAAGAGGAUCUGGACUUGCCAAAUCACUUGGUUGGUUUGAAACGAAAUUACAUUAAGCUGUCCUUCAACACCGUGGAGGACCUUGUCAAAGUGAGGAAGGAGAUCUCCCCUGCUGUGAAGAAAAACCGGGAACAGGGCCACACCAGUGAUGCCUAUACGGCUAUGCUCACCAGUGUUCUACAAGGGGGCAGUGUGAUUACUGAUGAAGAGGAAGCCUCUAAGAAGAUUUCUGACCAAUUGGACAACAUUGUGGACAUGCGAGAGUACGAUGUGCCCUACCACAUCCGCCUCUCCAUUGACCUGAAGAUCCAUGUGGCUCACUGGUACAACGUCCGGUACCGAGGAAGUGCCUUUCCAGUGGAAAUUGCCCGCCGUGAUGACCUUGUUGAACGACCCGACCCUGUGGUUUUAGCAUUUGACAUUGAGACGACCAAAUUGCCCCUCAAGUUUCCCGAUGCUGAGACUGAUCAGAUUAUGAUGAUUUCCUAUAUGAUUGAUGGUCAGGGCUACCUCAUCACCAACAGGGAGAUCGUCUCAGAAGAUAUAGAAGAUUUCGAGUUCACCCCCAAGCCAGAAUAUGAAGGGCCCUUCUAUGUCUUCAAUGCGCCUGAUGAGGUUCAUCUAAUCCAAAGAUGGUUUGAACACAUCCAGGAGACCAAACCCAACAUCAUGGUCACCUAUAAUGGGGACUUUUUCGACUGGCCGUUUGUGGAGGCCAGAGCAGCGGUCCAUGGACUGAGCAUGUACCAGGAGGUUGGGUUCCAGAAGGACAGCCAGGGGGAGUACAAAGCACCCCAGUGCAUCCACAUGGACUGUCUCAGGUGGGUGAAGAGGGACAGUUACCUUCCCGUGGGCAGCCACAACCUCAAAGCAGCUGCCAAAGCCAAGCUGGGCUAUGACCCCGUGGAACUGGACCCCGAGGACAUGUGCCGGAUGGCCACUGAGCAGCCCCAGACGCUGGCCACCUACUCGGUGUCAGACGCAGUGGCCACAUACUACCUGUACAUGAAGUACGUCCACCCCUUUAUAUUCGCCCUGUGCACCAUUAUCCCCAUGGAGCCCGAUGAGGUGCUGCGGAAGGGCUCCGGGACGCUGUGUGAGGCCUUGCUGAUGGUACAGGCCUUCCACGCCAACAUCGUCUUCCCCAACAAGCAGGAGCCAGAGUUCAGCAAGCUGACAGAUGAUGGCCACGUGCUGGAUGCCGAGACCUACGUGGGUGGCCACGUGGAAGCCCUGGAGUCGGGCGUGUUCCGCAGUGAUAUCCCCUGCCGGUUCCGGAUGAAUCCUGCUGCCUUUGACUUCCUGCUGCAGCGGGUGGAGAAGACCAUGCGUCACGCCAUCGAGGAAGAGGAGAAGGUGCCCAUGGAGCAGGUCACCAACUUCCAAGAGGUGUGUGAUCAGAUUAAGGCCAAGCUCACCUCCCUGAAAGAUGUUCCUAACCGAAUUGAGUGUCCCCUUAUCUACCACCUGGACGUGGGGGCCAUGUACCCCAACAUCAUCUUGACGAACCGCCUGCAGCCCUCUGCCAUGGUGGAUGAGGCCACCUGUGCUGCCUGUGACUUCAACAAGCCUGGAGCAAACUGCCAGAGGAAGAUGGCCUGGCAGUGGAGGGGCGAGUUCAUGCCAGCCAGUCGCAGCGAGUACCAUCGGAUCCAGCACCAGCUGGAGUCAGAGAAGUUCCCUCCCUUGACCCCAGAGGGCCCAGCCCGGGCCUUUCACGAGCUGUCCCGCGAGGAGCAGGCUAAAUACGAGAAGCGGAGGCUGGCAGAUUACUGCCGGAAGGCAUACAAGAAAAUCCACGUGACCAAGGUGGAAGAACGUCUUACCACCAUCUGCCAGCGGGAGAACUCCUUCUAUGUGGACACAGUGCGUGCCUUUCGGGACAGGCGCUACGAGUUCAAAGGUCUCCACAAGGUGUGGAGAAAGAAGCUGUCUGCGGCGGUGGAGGUGGGAGAGGCAGCGGAAGCAAAGCGCUGCAGGAACAUGGAGGUCCUGUACGACUCCCUGCAGCUGGCUCACAAGUGCAUCCUCAACUCCUUCUAUGGCUACGUCAUGCGCAAGGGGGCCCGCUGGUACUCCAUGGAGAUGGCUGGCAUCGUCUGCUUCACGGGGGCCAACAUUAUCACCCAGGCACGGGAGCUGAUUGAGCAGAUCGGGAGGCCCUUAGAGCUGGACACAGAUGGAAUAUGGUGUGUCCUGCCCAACAGCUUCCCGGAAAACUUUGUCAUCAAGACGACCAGUGUGAAAAAGCCCAAGGUGACCAUCUCCUACCCUGGGGCUAUGUUAAACAUCAUGGUCAAGGAGGGCUUCACCAAUGAGCAGUACCAGGAGCUGGCUGAGCCUUCCUCGCUCACCUAUGUCUCCCGCUCAGAGAACAGCAUCUUUUUUGAGGUUGACGGACCCUACCUUGCCAUGAUCCUUCCAGCCUCCAAGGAAGAAGGCAAGAAACUGAAGAAGAGGUAUGCCGUAUUCAAUGAGGAUGGUUCCCUGGCUGAGCUCAAGGGCUUCGAGGUCAAACGCCGUGGGGAGCUGCAGCUGAUUAAAACCUUCCAGUCCUCAGUAUUCGAGGCCUUCCUUAAGGGCAGCACCCUAGAGGAGGCGUAUGGCUCUGUUGCCAAGGUGGCUGAUUACUGGCUGGACGUGCUGUACAGUAAGCUGGAAGAUUAUGGGGAGCAGAAGUCUACGUCCAUCAGCACGGCCAGGCGCCUGGCUGAGUUCCUGGGGGAUCAGAUGGUGAAGGAUGCAGGGCUGAGCUGCCGCUACAUCAUCUCCCGGAAGCCUGAGGGGUCUCCGGUCACAGAGAGGGCCAUUCCACUCGCCAUUUUCCAGGCAGAGCCCACGGUGAGGAAGUACUUUCUCCGGAAAUGGCUUAAGAGUCCUUCCCUUCAAGACUUUGAUAUUCGGACAAUUCUGGACUGGGACUACUACAUUGAGCGACUGGGAAGUGCCAUACAGAAGAUCAUCACAAUCCCUGCGGCUCUGCAGCAGGUGAAGAACCCAGUACCACGUGUCAAGCACCCUGACUGGCUGCACAAAAAACUGCUGGAGAAGAACGAUGUCUACAAGCAGAAGAAGAUCAGUGAGCUCUUCGUCCUUGAGGGCAAGAGACAGGUGGGCGUGGCACAAGCUUCAGAAGGUGCCCAGAGCCUUGGUGCCCCCGACAUGGAGGACUUCGGCCUUGUGAAGCCGCUCCACUCGGCAGUGCCCAUUGCUACCAAGAGGAGGUGUAGCCACUGGGAGAGCCAGGAGGAGUCGCAGGACCUGGAGCUGACGGUGCCCUGGCAGGAGAUCUUGGGGCAGCCUCCGGGGCUUGGAUCCACCCAGGAAGAGUGGCUGGUCUGGCUCCAGUUCCACAAGAAGAAGUGGCAGCUACAAGCUCGACAGCGCCUUGCUCACAAGAAGAGGCGGCGUCUGGCGGGGCCAGAAGGUGCACCGAGGCCUGGGACCGUCCGAGAGGGGCCCUCCACCGGGCUGGGGGGCUUCUUGCGAAGAACUGCUCGCAGCAUUCUGGACCUCCCGUGGCAGAUCGUGCAAAUCAGCGAGACCGGCCAGGCUGGCUUGUUCAGGCUGUGGGCUGUCAUCAGCAGUGACCUGUAUUGCAUCAAGCUGAACAUUCCCCGGGUAUUCUACGUGAACCAGCGGGUGGCCAAAGCGGAGGAGGGCCCUGCCUAUCGGAAGGUGAAUCGGGUCCUUCCUCGCUCCAACGUGGUCUACAAUCUCUAUGAGUACUCGGUGCCAGAGGACAUGUACCAAGAGCACAUCAACGAGAUCAACACUGAGCUGGCGGCGCCGGACAUCGAGGGCGUGUACGAGACUCAGGUUCCGUUAUUGUUUCGGGCCCUGGUGCAGCUGGGCUGUGUGUGUGUGGUCAAUAAACAGUUGGUGAGGCAUCACUCAGGCUGGGAAGCAGAAACCUUCGCUCUUGAGCACCUGGAGAUGCGCUCUCUGGCCCAGUUCAGCUACCUGGAACCAGGGAGCAUCCGCCACAUCUACCUGUAUCACCACGCGCAGGGCCACAAAGCUCUCUUCGGCAUCUUCGUGCCCGCACAGCGCAAGGCGUCUGUGUUUGUGUUGGAUACCGUGCGAAGCAACCAGAUGCCCAGCCUCAGUGCCCUGUACUCAGCUGAGCACAGCCUUCUGCUGGAGAAAGUGGGCCCUGAGCUCCUGCCCCCCAGCAAACACACUUUUGAAGUUCGGGCUGAAACAGACUUGAAGGUCAUCUGCAGAGCCAUCCAGCGCUUCCUGCUGGCCUACAAAGAGGAGCGCCGUGGGCCCACACUCGUCGCUGUUCAGUCCAACUGGGAGCUGAAGAGGCUGGCUGGCGAAGUGCCUGUCUUGGAGGAGUUCCCGCUAGUGCCUGUCCGUGUGGCUGAUAAGGUCAGCUACGGGGUCCUGGAUUGGCAGCGCCACGGAGCCCGGCGCAUGAUCCGGCACUACCUCAACCUGGACACUUGUCUGUCACAGGCCUUCGAGAUGAGCAGGUACUUCCACGUCCCUGUUGGGAAUCUGCCAGAGGACAUCUCUACGUUUGGCUCCGACCUCUUCUUUGCCCGCCAUCUCCAGCGCCACAACCACCUCCUCUGGCUGUCUUCCACAUCACGGCCUGACCUGGGCGGGAAGGAGGCUGACGACAACCGCCUCGUCGUGGAGUUCGAUGACCAAGCCCCUGUGGAGGUCAACAGUUCAGGCUGUUAUUCCACAGUGUGCGUGGAGCUGGACAUUCAGAACCUGGCUGUCAACACCAUCCUGCAAUCUCACCACGUCAAUGACAUGGAGGGGGCCAACAGCAUGGGCAUCAGCUUCGAUGUGAUCCAGCAGGCCUCCCUGGAGGACAUGAUCACGGGCAAUCAGGCUGCCAGCGCUCCCACCAGCUACGACGAGACGGCCCUCUGCUCCAGCACCUUCAGGAUCCUGAAGAGCAUGGUGGUGGGCUGGGUGAAGGAGAUCACGCAGUACCGCAACAUCUACGCGGACAACCAGGUGGUGCACUUCUACCGCUGGCUCCGGUCCCCGUCCUCGCUGCUCCACGACCCCGCCCUGCACCGCACGCUGCACAGCAUGAUGAAGAAGCUCUUCCUGCAGCUCAUUGCUGAGUUCAAGCGCCUGGGGUCAUCAGUCGUGUAUGCCAACUUCAACCGCAUCAUCCUGUGCACCAAGAAGCGGCGGGUGGAGGACGCCCUUGCCUACGUGGAGUACAUCACCAACAGCAUCCAUUCUAAAGAGAUCUUCCAUUCUUUGACAAUUUCUUUCUCUCGAUGCUGGGAAUUUCUUCUCUGGAUGGAUCCCUCUAACUAUGGUGGAAUCAAAGGAAAUGUUCCAUCUAGUAUUCACUGUGGACAGCAAGACUCCCCCGAAGAGGGCAGAGCAGAGGGGGAGGAGCCUGAGGAGGAACCUGAGGAGGGAGAGGAGGAGGGAGGUGCACAGGAGCUGGAUGUCGAGGACCUGCUGGAAAACAGCUGGAACAUCCUGCAGUUCCUGCCGCAGGCAGCCUCCUGCCAGAGCUACUUCCUCAUGAUCGUUUCAGCAUACAUCGUGGCCGUGUACCACAGCAUGAAGGAGGAGCUGAGGCGCAGCGCCCCGGGCAGCACCCCUGUGAGGAGGAGGGGGGCCAGCCAGCUCUCCCAGGAGGCCCAGGGAGAGGCCGGAGCCCUUCCGGGAAUGAUCACCUUCUCACAAGAUUAUGUGGCGAACGAACUCACUCAGAACUUCUUCACCAUCACACAGAAGAUUCAGAAGAAAGUCACAGGCUCUCGGAACUCGACUGAGCUCUCAGAAAUGUUUCCUGUCCUCCCCGGUUCUCACCUGCUCCUCAAUAACCCCGCUCUGGAGUUCAUCAAAUAUGUGUGCAAGGUCCUGUCUCUGGACACGAACAUCACAAACCAGGUGAACAAGCUAAACCGAGACCUGCUUCGUCUGGUAGAUGUCGGCGAGUUCUCGGAGGAGGCCCAGUUCCGAGACCCCUGCCGCUCCUACGUGCUCCCUGAGGUCAUCUGCCGCAGCUGUAACUUCUGCCGGGACCUGGACCUGUGCAAAGAGCCCUCCUUCUCUCAGGAUGGGUCUGUGCUGCCUCAGUGGCUCUGCUCCAACUGUCAGGUAGCCUACGACUCGUCAGUCAUCGAGAUGGCCCUGGUGGAGGCCCUGCAGAAGAAACUGAUGGCCUUCACCCUGCAGGACCUGAUCUGCCUGAAGUGCCGGGGUGUGAAGGAGACCAACAUGGCCAUGUACUGUAGCUGUGCCGGGGCCUUCUCCCUCACCAUCCACACCAAGGUCUUCAUGGAGCAGAUCAGAACCUUCCAGAACAUUGCCCAGCACUAUGGCAUGUCGUACCUCAUGGAGACCCUGGAGUGGCUGCUGCAGCAGAACCCCCAGCUGGGACAUUAGCAAGCUGGGCAGCGUCCCCAUUUUCUGCUCUGACUACCCACAUCCAAGACGGGCACCCAGGAAGACGAUCCUCAGGGAGCAGGUCAUGCAGCCCAGAAGAAGCGUGAACCAGCCAGAGCAAGAAGUGGCUCCACCUCCAGGUUCCCUGGGGCCCCCAGCCUCGGUCAGGGCAGCCCUCUCUAGGCCCAAGAAGCGUCUCCAGCGAGGGGUCCCAGGGCUGCUUUCUCGCUGGAUGAACACCCCUCUGCUGUUGCACGGCCCUCCCUGCGGCCCCGGCCCUUCCUGCCCACUUCCUGCCCUGAGGUGCCCUUGGAGGUCUUCUGUUUGAGCCGAGCCCCUGAGGGUGGCUGGAAGCCAGACGCAGGGCGAGGGGCACCUGAGUGGGAGUCUGCAGUCCCAGCUCUCCAGUUCCUUGCUUCCGGGAGAGGUGGCUGUCCUACAGUCCACGCCAGCGGCAUGCGGGCCGCAUCCUGGAGACCCUGGCUGAACCUGUGGACACCUGGGUGUCUCUCACACACUGAGUUCUGGGGCUUGGGCCCCUCUGUCUGUGGAGAUUCCCAGUCAGAGCAGCCUUUGCCGGAGUGUUCGUAUCAUGGCGUAGUCACCUCGUCGGCAGCAGCGAGACUGGGCGGGGGGCGGGAAGGCUGAGGAAGGGGAGGGUCUCAGGCUGGGGCUCAGCCGCAGCGGGGCCUGGCACCUCUCCCUCUGAAUCUGCCUGUGCUGUGAGGGGGCCACUGCAGCAGGAGGCCUGAGGGCCCCGGGGAGGGAGGAGGCGCGCCAUUAUCGCGGACUUCGACAUCAUAUGUUAGCACCUGGAUUCUAGAGAAGCAUUUCUUCACAUGCAAGACUAGGUUCUUUCCUUCAGGUCUGAGGAGUGGUUGGGAGAGGAUGGAGAAAAGGGCAACAGCAGUUUUAUCAGGAUUGAGGCAGUUCUGUUCUUGCUUCUCAGCCUCAGGGAUCAGUACAAGACCUGUGACCCCAAGGCAGAGAGGGUCCUUGGGCUGUGCCCCCUUUAAAAUGCGACACUCACCACCAGCUUGUUCAGGGCCCUGAACAGAGGGGCACAGAGAUGUGCCCCUUGCUGCACAGAGAUGUGGGCCAUGCUGUUUUCUCCUCCCGGGUGGGGCUGAAUCAGAGGAGAAUGGGCCAGGCUGGGGGACCCUUUGCUGAGCAUGAGUUCUCGCUCCGUUCUGCCAGCAGCAGCCCCAGAACAUAAGAUCAACUCUGUGCACCUCAUUUCUAACUAAAUGCAACUGGAAGCAAAAGAAAACCAGCCAAAUUGGCGAGAACACAAACAUGUUAAAAGUGAAUCAUAGGGGCUUCCCAGGUGGCGCAGUGGUUGAGAGUCCACCUGCCGAUGCAGGGGACGCGGGUUCAUGCCCUGGUCCGGGAAGAUCCCACAUGCCGCGGAGCG